AUGCGAAGCAAUGUAAAUGAAUUGAUUCAAGAACAAGAAGCAACACAAGAUCAGAUUGAUUUAAUGGCAGAAUCUAUUCGAUCUCUCGAACGAGAUGUCAAUAAUCUUGAACAUGUUCAUUUCAAUAUUAAUCCAUUAGUAAUUGAUGACAAUCUCAUUUCCGUUCCGCAAGAAACAGCAUCAAGAGAUCUGUUACUUGUACCAUCUAUGCAUCAAACAAUGCAAUCAACACCCGACAGAGCACAUACGAAGAUAAAAGCAUUUAUUAUGGCUGGUGUAGCAAAAAUUUUUGAUGGUCAUAUUCUAAAUAAAUCAAAAGAAUUAGUUGAUCUUAAUGAUGAAAAAUAUAAAGACAAUAUAAUUGGUCUUUAUUUUAGUGCUCAUUGGUGUCCACCAUGUCGUAAUUUUACUCCGGUAUUAAUUGAAUUUUAUAAAUCAUAUGCAGAAAAAAAAAAAUUUGAAAUAAUAUUUAUCAGUUCUGAUAAUGAUGAAGAUUCAUUUAAUGAAUAUUAUAAUGAUAUGCCUUGGUUAACAUUAGAUUUUAAAGAACGUGAAAAAGCAGAAAAAAUAGAAGAAAAAUUUAAUAUUACUGGAAUUCCAAAAUUAAUUUUACUUGAUGGAAAUUCAGGAGAUAUUGUUUGUAAUGAUGCAAGAAAUCGUAUUCAAUCAGAAGAUACUAAAGGAGAAAAAUUUCCAUGGAAAUCAUCAUAA